AUGCAACAAUACCGGGGGAGGCAAAACCAGUCGCAACAGCUGCAUGAGUAUGUGCUGCUGCUGCAACAGAUACAGCAUCGCCUCGUGCUGCGGCAGGCGACCGUUCCACAGCCUCAAGAUGUGUGCAAUCAGCUGCAGCAACACCGGCAACAACACGAAGGCCUCGAUAUACAGACUCACAAUGGGAAGCUAGAUCAGCUCGGCCUUGGACAGCUGCAGCAGCUGCAGCAGCAAGACGGGCCGCAACAGCAGCCCGAGCAAGUGUUGCAAAAACGGCAACAGCUGCAACUUCCAUCGUCGUCUGCUCACGCACAAGAAGCCAGCAAUUUCUACAGUGCGCAGGCACUAGAGAUGUCGCACGAGCUACAACAAGCAGUGAAAGACCAGCAGCAGCAGCGGCAGCAGCAGCAGCACUCCCAGCAACGCAUGAAGCAACAACAACAAGAGAAAUUCCUGCUGCAAGAGCGGCAGCGCCUCUUAAAACAGCAACAGAUGCUGUUGCAUCUGGGUGGAAUGAGGUCACUGGAGCAGGUGAACCUUGCAGUUCAUUUGGCACAGCGACAGCUAUUGAUGCAGAUCUCGUCUUCGUCUACAGCAGCAGCAACAGCACCAGUUGUCACAGAUGUUGCAGUAUGCAGCACCAAAGGAAGCUCUGCUGCUGCAGCAGAUACUCCCUUGGGUGCUACUGAGUCCAUGCGCAUUGCGAAGCAGCAUGCUGCCUAUCUAGCUGCAACUGCUGCUGCAGGCGGGCAGCUCGCCUCUGCUAACGCAGGUGAAUCAGAACCUGCUGCUGCUGCUGCUGCCGUGUCUCAGUUAUUAGGGAGCCAGAAGCUUGAAGAAGCAGUGCAGCGGCUCAACGCGCCUGCGAUUCGUUGGUGUGGAGCGCGGCAGCUACAGGAGCAGCAACAGCUACUGCUGCAUAUGCAGCAGUUGGUGUUGCUACUGCAACAACAGCCUGAGCUGCAGUGGCUUCUCUUGCAAGACCAAGACCUGCUGGGGCUGCUUGACAGUGAACCAGCGCUGCUCGUGCUGUUGCUGCGGAAUCAGAAGCAGAGGAACUACAGGCCGUUGCUCCAACAGCUUCUUAGGGGAGACGUAGGUCUUCAACACGAGAAGCAGCAGCAGCAGCAGCAGACGCUUUAUGCAAAGCUAGUUGCAGGUGCAAGCUACGAAGAGCAGCAGCAGCACCAGCAAGUGCAGCAUCAGGUGGAGAGGCUACGGCAUGAGCGGCAGCGGCUCGCUUCGCUUGUCAAGCAGCAGCUGCGGCAGCACCAGCAACAACGCCUCCAGACGCAGCAGCAACAGCAGCUGCAGGUGCCUGGGAAGCAGCAACAACUACCACUGCUUCGAGCAGAGCCGAAGCAGCAACUGCCUCAGCAGCAGCAGCAGCCACCCCAACCACAGCAGGAGCCAGUGCCUCAACAACAGCUGCAACUGCAGCCACCGCCGCACGAGCAGCAGCAGCAGCAGCAGCAGCAGCAGCAGCCACUUCUGCCGCCGCAGCAACAACCCCCGCCUCAAGGACAGCAGCAGGAUGAUUCCUUCUGGCCACCUGAAGGUUUGCCUUCGCAGGACCAGGAUGCAGUGCAUGUAACAGCAGACAUGGAAGAGGAGCAGCCGCCGACGCAGCUACUGGGUGAAGGUGCAGCAGAUAGUAUGAGUUACUGUCACGAGCAGCGCCUAGUCACCUCAGCAGAGUCACACAGUACAGCGCAACCUUCCCCCAGCCCCGCCUCCCUGCGUGCCCACUCGCAGCAGCAAUCGCAGCAAGAGCAGCGGCUACAGCCGACACAGCCUCGGUUGCAGGCGACCAACUCCAGCACAAAAGAGGCUCGGGAGGAGCAGCAGCGACAAUGCCAAGAGAAAUACCAGCAGGAGCCGCGCCACCACACGCAGCAGCAGCCAACGCAACAAAUUCGCAGCAAGCCACCGAGGAAACAGGUGUACCCCUACAGCUACAGAAGUGUGCCCGAUGUAGCGACGGUGGCCGAAGCGGCAGAAGCAGCACCAGCAGCGGCACACUCGUCAGCGAAGUGUCCCCGGCGCUGCAGGAGGCUUAAGGGGGAGUCUCCUGAGCCUGAUCUUCCGUGCAGCAGACAAGCUAAGACCAGGAAAACCAAUUGUGAAAGCAGCAGCUGCAGCAGCAGCAGCAGCAGUAGCGGAGAUGAGAACCGGCCUCCGCUGCAGCGUCGGCAGCAGCGGAAGCAGCGUCAAUGCCUUGAGAAGAACCCGCCUAAGACGCAGCAUGUAAAGCAGCGUACGGUAAAGAAGGGCAUAUCCGCAGUAUGUGCUGCAGGUGCAUCUUCUCCAACAGCAGCAACAAAACCAGACGAAGCGGCAGCAGGAGGUGCAGAAGAGGCAGCGCAGCCCGUCUGCCUCUCUCAAGGAUCUCGAGGAGCCGCGGCAGCAAGCCGGGCAACCAUAGCAGCAUCAGCAGCGUUGCAGUGCAACGAUAAAGCAAAGGCAAGAAGCAGUAAUGCCUCACCAGCAGUAGCGGGGGAUGACGACCAGCUGGAUCAGCAGCAACUGCAGCUGCUGCUGACACUGCUGCACGACUGGUGUAGCUGUGCCUCGAGUUCAUCGGCUCCUCCACCAGCCGAUGCCUCCGCGUCUCUUGUUGCGCGACUUACCGCAGCACAGCUGCUGCUAGAGCGGCUGAAGCAGAAGCAGCAGCAGCAGAGUGCCCUGUUGCAAACUGCUGACGGCCACAAUGAGGCCGUUGUCGGCCUGUGCAGCGCUCGUGCUGCUGGCAUGGCUCGUCUUGAGCAGCUGCUCUCCUGGAGGCCAGAUCAGCAGCAGCAGCAGAGCCAGCAGCAGCAGCUGCCACAACGGUUGCUGGCGUCUGCCAUGAGGACUCCAGAACUCAAAGACAAGCGUAGCCGACGUCCUGGGCAGACGACGAAGCGGUUGAACACCACAAGCGGCAACAACGGCAACAGCGUAUUUGCAUCGUUGUGCGGCUGCGUUGCCGUUGCACUUCAUGCGGAAGCUGCUCUGCUCUACCUUGGGAUUGACCCUUCAGAAGAGAUGGACCUGCAGCUGCAAGACCAACAGCAGCAACAGCACGAUGGAGACGUCACGUUGGUCGCCACUGCGGCUGCAUGCGUUAAGGCACACUGUAGAGACACACUCAUGCCUCUCUUCUCAUGGCAGAUGGAUGAGAAUGCUGACGAAAGGCCUGCCUCAAGCGGGCAUGCAGCUGCAGCAGCUGAUGCUGCUGCUGCGUUGCAGCGCCUGCUGGAGGCUCUGCGCUAUCUUUGGAGCGUCGCCGUGUCCCUGCAGCAUCCCAAGACCUUCAGAAUGGAGACUUUCCAUCUUCUUGCCGCCGGAUUGUGCUGCAUUUGGGGUAUACACGCAUUUCCUGCAUUUUCUGUUGCUGCUGCGCCUCUUCUACGCUCGGCAGAGGGUCUGCUGUUGCUGCUGUUUCAGUACGUCCAGGAGUUGCGGGAGCCAGUGAUUGAUGGGUUGUUGCAGCAGUUCGGUGCUGCUGCAGAAGAUACUUGCAGCCAGAAAACAGGUGGGAAGCAUGCAGCUGCAGCAGCUGCUGCGGCAGCUGCUGCUGCUAUGGAGGAGGAAGGUGAAGAGGUCGUUGGACCGCAACAGGUAGCAGCAGGUGCUACAGUAACAGCAGCGCACCCCGUGACGUUGCUGCUGCUGCGCCUACUGCAGGCAGUAUGCCUGCCCAGCGAAGUGUGCAGAAACCUCGGAGGGUCUUCGUUUGCAGCGGCGCCAGGGGUGUCGUUCGGGAAGCAAAAGAAGCACCUUCCAACCAAAGCGGAAGGAGCAGCAGCAGCUGCUGCAGCCACAGCGAAGUACAUCGCUCGCCGUUUAAUCAUCAUGGCAGUCGGUGAAGAGCUUCCAGGAAAGCAGCAGCAGCGCCACCACCAGCAGCUAUUGUUGCUGUCCUCUAUACGCCCCUCUGCCGGCUGUCUCCGUGCCGUGCGGCGUCUCAUUGCUGACGUCUCCUUGCUGACUCUAUCUCCCUCUCACCCAGCUUCGCUGCUGUUGCUUCGCGCUGUGGGUUUCACCUUGCUGGCGCGGCUGCUGCGCCCGGAAUCUGUGGCGGAUCACACGCAGCAGCAUCAGCAAGCAGCAUUGCUGUCCCUUCUCUCUGCGGUAGCGCCUGCUGUCUUUGCGGAGCGGCUGCCGGUUCCUGCCGUUCGUCUGCUGGAGGAGCAGCGGCAGCUGCAGCAGCAACAACAGUCGUCAGAAACUGUGCAGCCGGAUCCAACCGCUGGAGCAGCUGCGCAAGCCCCGCGCAGCCUCUCGAGAGGUCCUACACAGGCGGAGCGGCAGCAACUUCUGCGCUCGCGCCGGGCGUCAUUUGAGGACGGUAGCAACAGCAGCGCAGCAGCAACAGAAGCUACAAAGCCAGACACAGCAGCAGCUACAAAACAAGUAAACCAGCAGCUAGAGACUUGCUGUGAUUGCGCCUCCUUGAAACCGCAUGAGGCAGCGGAGGCGGUAGCCACGAACACCGCCGCUGAGCCGUGGGUCUGUGCCGGCUGCGAGCUGCGCCGAUCUGUCGCGGUGUCUCUACAGGAGGCAAUAGGUAGGCUUCGCCCCUCCGCGUGGCCUUCGGUAGCUGCUGCAGCCCCAGAUAGCAACGCCGCGACCGCUGCAGCAGCAUCAGCAGCAGCGCAGGGUAUAGCAGACAGCUCGUUGCUGCUCCGCGUGCUCGAUGAAUCCCUCACCUUCCGCUGUAUCCUCCUUAUGCACGCAAAUGCCUGCUGUAGCAGCAGCAAACCCGCUGCAUCAGCACUGCAGCCCGCUGCAAAGGAACCAUGCCACGAACAGACCCCGGCUGCUGCUGCUGCUGCUGCAUCUACCGCAGCAGCAAGCUCCGCUUCAAGCUCCAUGAGACUCUCUCACAGGCGUCUCUUGCAGCAGCACUCCAGAGCAGCCAUGGCCUGCAUCCUGCUGCUGCUUGGCGGUAGCAGCAACAAAAGCGACACAAAUAAAAACUGCACCACCAACGGCAGCAAAACUGGUAGCCUCAAGGACAACAGAAACAAACCCAGCAAAACAGAAAACAGUAGCAGCAACCGUGUGCUGCAGCUCGUAAUAGACAUCGAAUGGGAGGCGAUCGCGGCGGGAGAUGUGGGGUUGUUGCUGCCCCUGAGCGCUGCUGCUGUUACUGCUGUUGCAGGGAACGACAUUCACAGCCCCUGGAAGCAGCAGCAGCAGCAGCAGUUAGUCAUGUCUGUCUGGCGAUCCCUCGCUCUUUCGGCGCUGCAGCAGAUUGCCGAUUUGCUGCUGCAUGCGAUUCAAGUGUCCGCAGUGGACCCCCGCUUAUCAGUAAGGAGGGCGGCUCUGUCUGUGCUGCAUGCGGCUGCGACAUGGCGGCCAUCUUUGCUGCAAGCCAGCAGCAACAACAACAGCGUCGCCUUCCUCUUGCCUCAGGCUCUUGCAGACUCGUCGCCCGGUGUUCGGGAGCGCGCCCUGGCCCUGCUUGACACCGCGCUGAAGCAACAACAACAGAACGCUACAGCAGCAGCCUCGUUGGAGCGCAGCAGCCAGCAGCUGGGCGACGCGCAGCCGCAGCAGCAACCCCAAGUUGCUGUCUCUCCUUGGCUCGAGGAGAUCGGCGGAUUGCUGCGGUUCCUUCGCUAUGUGGUGCUGCAGGAGACAGCCUCCUCUGUGAGACAGCAGGCCUUGCGUGUGGCACGCGGGUGUGCUGCUGCUGCUCCUCUGGGAGAGACAGCGCGCUGCUGCCGCUCUCUGUUGCUGGAGGCCCUUGCAGCUGCUCCUGAUCAUCCCCCAACCAAGGCGUUUGUCACGGCUGCACUUGCUGCUGAAGUUGUUCGAUUCAUUGCACCAAAGCUCCCGGAGAAGGCUGCUGCGACUGCUGCUGCAGAUGCGGGCGAUGCAGCUGCAGCUGCUAUGGCGACGCAGACACCGCAAAGACGGAGGAGCCUGGGCCUUGAAAGCUACGGCGCGUCGCCUCUUGCUGUCGCAGCAGCACAAGGGUCAGCAAACCCCUGUAGUUCUCUGUAUCUGCGGAAGGCAGUCAGACUAUUGGCUAGCUUAGUUGCUGCGGCGCGGGAGCACCUGGAGGAUACCUCUUUAGUACUGCUUCUGCUGCCUCGGAUGCAGCAUCAACUGCAGCAGCAGCUGCAGCAGCAGCAAACACUAGAGGAGCUUGCAGCAACUCUGCUGGAUGCUUGUCUAAGUGAGUAUCUGAACUGCUGCUGUGGCGUGUCUGAAAAGCAGCAGCCAAAAGGCCACCGAGGUGAACAGCAAGAGCACAAUCAGCAGCUGCAGCAGCAAGAAGACUCCCUCCUUGACCCUGCUACUGCAGGGGCAUCUCUGCUGCAGCUGGCCCAGGAACUUGGGCUAUUCUGUCCACGUGGACUGCUGCAGUUUGUGCCUCACGUUGCAGUUCUGCUGCGGGAUAACGCUACGCUGCUGCAGCAAGGCAUGAGCAGCCGCCGCUCUUGGUUAGGGGAGAUUGAGCUUCUGGCCGCUGCAGCAAAGCAUAUCCGUGGUGCUCCGUACCACAUGCAGCAAGAGAUGCUGCUAUGUGUGCCGGCUGUGCUACUGCUCCUUGAGACAGAUCCGCUCUUGCUGCAGGCAGGCACUACAAUGCUAUGCCGUGUGUCCCUCCAGCUGCAGCAGGACGGGGUGCGCGAUAGUCUCGUUGAUCUUCUUGCUGUCAGUUUGGCGCUCAUUUACUCUAUAAAAGAUAGGAUCCACCCCUAUCGACAACCGCAGCAGCAGCAGCAGGAAACUCAACAGCAGACGCAGCAAGACGGGCAGUUGCAGGACAGAGAAAAUGUCGUGCCGAUGCUUCAGGCGCUGCAGUUCGCAUCGUGGGCAGUGGCUUGUUUGGCUGCUGGAUUGGGGGUUGGAGAGCCCGGCAAAGGCUGUGCCUCGGAGCCCCACGUUUUUGCUGCUACUGCUGUUACUGCAGCAGAUCAGCAGUGGGCCACUGCCUCAAUACCAGGAGCAGCAGCAGGCGCUACUUCGCUGCUGUCAGACGUUCCCGUGGCCUUGCUGAUGCGGCGCGUGGCUGCGCACGCCACGGACAGCAAAUCCGCAGCAGAUGCUGCUGCUACAGCGGCUUCAGGAAAUGCCAUAGCAGGAGCUGCAGCUGAUACGGAGAAACUGCCGUGGGGCCAGCAGCGGCGUCUGCAACAUCAGCAGCAGCAGCAGCAGGCGGAGUGGCCGGGGAAUGCGUCGGCGCUGGACUUGCCUGCGGCGCUUCAGGCGUUGUACGGGCUCGUCAAAGGCUUGCAGCGCGAUGCCGCGCCUCCCAGAGCAGCAGUAACAACAGCAGCAGGUGGAGAAGGUAAGGCUGUCCACAGUGCCAGCCUCCCGUCACGCCGAUCAGCCACUCGCCCGAAAUCCCACACGCAGCAGCACCAACAGCAGACAAAGCGCACGCCCCUUUCCUGUAGCCGCGCACGCUCUGUGACAGCAUCUUCCCCAGCGACAGCAGCAGCAGCUACUACAGCAACAAUAACAGCAAAUCUUCGUCAGGCGCUGUGGACUGGUACCGAGCGCAUCUCAGAUACCCACGGUUCAGCAGCUGCAGCUGCAGCAACAUUGCAGCCAAGUGUAUGCGACUGUUUGCAUUCGCUUGCGCUGCUAGGGCUUCUCUACCACAGCGAGUUGGUUCCUCAAGCGGCUGCUCUGCUGUUUUGCAGCAGCAGGACUGUGGCGCGUGCAGCUUCUUUGUUGUUGCAAGAAGCGCUCGGCGGUGCCGGUGCGGCAUCUGCAGCUGGUCGGCUGAAAGAAUGUCUGGACAGCUCGCUGCUGCUGUGCAUACACCGCGCUGCAGCAGGCGUCACAACGGCAGAAAGCACAUCCACGACACCUGGUAGCAGCAGCAGCAGCUCGAAGCUACUGCAGCUACAAGAGGAGGGAGCAGCACCUGUUGCUGCGCUCUUGCUUUCACCUUUCAACCCAGUAGACCCUGCAGCUGUCUCCGCAUUUGUUGCAUUGUUCACGAAGGGGCCAAGGGGAGGCACCAGAGGCUCACCAGCGGACGUUCAACUAGGACUUGUGGCCGAGUUGGGGAGGUUCAGCAGCGUAGAGCCUCUUGCGUGCCUCGCUGCCCGCCUCCCACCUGUAGCAGCGUCUGCCGCUGCUGAAACAGCAACAUCAGAAGAGAGACAUAAUGGACGUAUUGCUGCGUGGAUAGGCAGUCUGCCGCCUUCGCUAGCUGCGGUUGCAGCAGAAACAGCAGUUGCCUCGUGGCUGCAUCGCACUCCGAUAGAGCUGCUGCCACUCCUGCCUGCUGUGUUUGCUGCGCUCCUGCACCUGAGGCUUGUUGCCGAUGUGCUGCUCUCGAUCAUCCAGAGGCCAUCAGAAGCAGCAGAUGCAGCAGAAGCUCUGCGAGGGGUGGUCGUUGACUGCGGCGCUGCUGUUGAUACCAUGUUGCAUGCAGCGCAGCAGCAGCAGCCACGGCAGCAGCAACAGCAUCAAGUGGCUGCUCUAACUGCUGCUUUCUGUGGGUGCUUUGCCUCUCAGCUGAGGUCUGCUCUUAUGCAGGGCUUCCACGUGACGGAUGUAGCUGAGGGCGAAAUCGACACACCAACACCAGCUUCCGGUCCUGCAGUAGCAGAGGAUUUAGCAAGCCAUGAGUUCGAUGACUGUGCUACUACUGAAGGCACGAGGCAGCAGCAGCAACAACAGCAAGAGAAGGGAGGUCGCGGACUCGUGCGGCAGCGUGGCCGUCGAAGCAGCAGCAGCAGUAGCAGGAGCAGCAGCAGCGGCAAUAUUCCGGCGUCGCGUAGAGGCGGUGUGCCUGGCUGUAGCACUGCAGAAGCCUCCGUUGCUUCUGCAGGUGCCCCUGGACAAUCUGCAGCAGCAGCAACAGCAACAGCGAAGAAAAGCCCUGUGUCGAUUCGCCGUAGCAAAUGCCGCAGCGCGCCGCUUCUUCCAGCCAUCCCAGAGGAGAAGGCCGCAUGGCGGUUAUUUGCUGCUUCGGCUUCCUCGCAGCACCAAGCGGUGGCUAAGCUGGGGAAGCUGUGGGCGAACAUUGUCUCAGAAGGGAGUUCUACAGGAGCACGAGUAGCAUCUGCAGCUGCAGCAGCAACAACGGCCGCAGCGGGAAGCGAAAACACGCGCUCUAUCCUCAUCAGGGAGAUGGUGGAUGCUGUAGUUUGCUGCGGGAGCGAGUUCAACUGUGCUGAGAGUGGGAACCUCGCAUCUAUGCAUCUGCAUGGCGGCGGUCGGAGUCGUAAACGCAUUCAGCAGCAACUGCAGCAGCAGCAACAGCAGCAACAGCAGCAACAACAAAGUUCCCCGCCCAGGUGGCGACGUAGGAAGCGCAGACGGUUUGGGGUGCGCAAGGGAGAGGACCCCCGAGACUCUGACUGGGCGAGGGAUGAGGAGACAUCAGAACCGACGGCCGAGUCGGAUGAGGACUUCACGGACCACUGA